GCUGGGCAUGAGCUCUGCUGGGGACCCUGCCCUGGCUUAGGCGGCCCUGCCCUGGCUUAGGCGGCCGCUGUGGGCGGGCUCUGGCCUUUCCAGCCCCUGGGCCUCCCCCUGCAUUCUGGAGCCCGGAGCCGCUGCCUUUGCUGCUGCUGCUGCUGCACUGCCACCUCUCCUUCUCCGCCUCUGACCACCUGCUGCACCCCCACCCCUAGUCCAGCUGCUCCUCUCACCAGGCCAUGACCCCAGCCCCUCCACGGACCCUGACCCAGCCCUGAGCCCUGGGACCCCUGGGCCAUGGCCAACUCGGGCCUCCAGCUCCUGGGCUACUUUCUGGCCCUGGGCGGCUGGGUGGGCAUCAUCGCCAGCACAGCCCUCCCACAGUGGAAGCAGUCCUCCUACGCAGGCGACGCCAUCAUCACUGCCGUGGGCCUCUACGAAGGGCUCUGGAUGUCCUGCGCCUCCCAGAGCACUGGUCAGGUGCAGUGCAAGCUCUAUGACUCCCUGCUCGCACUGGAAGGUCACAUCCAGUCAGCGCGAGCCCUGAUGGUGGUGGCCGUGCUCCUGGGCUUCGUGGCCAUGGUCCUCAGUGUCAUCGGCAUGAAGUGCACCCGGGUCGGAGACAGCAACCCCAUCGCCAAGGGCCGCAUCGCCAUCUCCGGGGGUGUCCUCUUCCUCCUGGCGGGCCUCUGCACUUUGACAGCCGUCUCAUGGUAUGCCACCCUGGUGACCCAGGAGUUCUUCAAUCCAAGCACACCUGUCAAUGCCAGGUACGAAUUUGGCCCAGCCCUGUUCGUGGGUUGGGCCUCUGCUGGCCUCGCCAUGCUGGGGGGCUCCUUCCUCUGCUGCACGUGCCCGGAGCCUGAGAGAGCCAACAACAGCCCGCAGCCCUACCGGCCCGGCCCCUCGACUGCAGCCCGAGAACCAGGUGUUAAAUUGUCCGCCUCCGUCAAGGGCCCCCUGGGUGUGUAAAUGUCCAGGUCCCCAGCCUGCCUCUGUCCCCCUGCCACACCUAGACUGUGUUUGGUAUUUUUUGGAAAGAUAAGUGAACAUCCAGCCCCAAGUGUGGUGUCAUUUGAUCUGUCCCCGGCAUGGCUAGGGUGAGGCCUGGCUCAGGGAGGUCAGAGCUGAUCCCUGGGGUCCUUGGACAUAAAGGUGGGGAGACAGAGGUCCAGGGUGGGAGACACAGAACAUCCAACCUUGAUCCGGAAAGA